UAAUGCAGUCUUCAUGGAAAAUAGGCGCCUGAGAUUAAGCCGUGGUCUCUGCAUGUCAUUGCUGCUCAUUCACUGAUAGGGUGCAAUAUGGUGAUUAAUUAUCACACCUACAGAAAUAUUUAAACUGGACUUGUUUGCUCUUUGGAGGUUUUAUAGCCUUCUCCGGAGCACCACGCCCAUGCUGGAGCAGCGGGACGGCCUCGCUUCUCGAGUUUCACCCCGGGGAGUUCACAUACUACCUGAUGCAGGGAGCUGGCUCCACAGUUAAGCGAAACUGGCGCGUGCUGACAUCUCACCUGUGGUAUGCUGUGUGGAGUCUGUCUGGAGGAAUAACCUGGACUCACCGAACGGCCAGGCUCCACCUGUCUCAUGUCUCCUCACCUCCCCGCGUCAUCUUCAUCAUCUUCAUCUUCUUCAUCAUCAUCAUCAUCAUCAUCCUCAUCAUCAUCAUCUUCAUUCUGGCUAAUGCUGUUUUUCCUGCUCAGUGUCCUCCUGCUACUGUCCCCGGGGGUCCAUGGCCAAGGUCGUCUGAAGCUCACGGUCCUAUCUGAGGACAGACUGCAGAUGAAAUGGAAGGAGGCCGAUGGACCCGUUCAGGGCUACAAGGUCCGAGUGAGGCCCAUCUCAGAGGAUCCGCAGCCGGAGCUGAUGCUGACCACCACGCGUGGCCGGGCCACCGUGGCGGGACUGGACUCCGGUCAGGAAUACGCCCUCCAAGUCCUCGUGCUCAACGGGACGACAGAGAAACUUCUCGCCAAGAGACGAUUCACGAUGGAAGGUCUGCGGGAAGAAGAAAUGAUCCGCAGCGGUAGCCGAGAGCAGAGGAAGAAGUUGUUGCCAGGUGGGUCGGGGUCAGGAGACCUGGACGAUGCAACAGAGGCUCUGCUGGGCGUGCCGACUAUUCUGUAUCCAGACCCCACCACCACCAUCACCAGCACCACCACCAUCACCACUGCUGCUACUACAGAGCCCCCAGCCACAGAAACCCCCUCUCAGCUCCCCGAUGAGGCCCCAGAGAAAACCACCAAAGAGAAGAGGAAGAGGAAGAAAGAAAAAGAGCGGGAUCGGUCUAAGGUGGAGAACAAGGAGGAGCAGGGAACCACACAGGGUAAACGGGCCGAGGACAAACCCCGGAAGGCUCCCUUCCCCACCCAGCCGGUCACAGGUGCGUCUCCAAGAAAACCGUUUGAGUGCAACAGUGAUGCAGCGGCGGACAUCAUGCUGUUGGUGGACGGCUCCUGGAGCAUUGGACGCACUAACUUCAGACGUGUCAGAGACUUCCUGGAGGGCCUGGUGACACCCUUCCACAUCGGGCCCAACCACAUUCAGAUCGGUCUGACCCAGUACAGUGGGGACCCUCGUACCGAGUGGCACCUCAGCAACUUCACCACCAAAGACCAGCUGCUGGAGGCAGUGAGGAAUUUUAGAUAUAAGGGAGGAAACACAUUUACAGGCCAGGCGCUGCUCCACGUCAUGGAGGAGAACAUGAGGGCCGAGGCAGGAGCGAGGUCGGACACGCCGUUUUUCCUGGUCUUGCUGACCGAUGGGAAAUCUCAGGAUGAUGCCAUUGCUGCGGCAAACCGUCUGAAGAAUGCCGGCGUGGAGAUCAUCGCUGUAGGUGUGAAGAACGCUGAUGAAGCCGAGCUGAGACAAGUGGCGUCGGAGCCGGUGGAUCUGAACGUCUACAAUGUCAAUGACUUCCCUCUGCUCACUAAACUGGUGGCACGGCUCGUCCACAUCCUGUGUAGGAGGAUAGAAGACCGUGGCAUUAAAAAACGAAUGGAGCCUGCGCCCACAGCAGACCCUGCCCUCUCCUACCCCAGUCCGACUGAUCUGCGCUUCUCUGACCUGGGCUCCAGAGAAGUGAAGCUCCACUGGACCAAUCCUGCUAAGCCAGUCCAACAGUUCAGAGUGGUUUACCACAGUGCCGAGGGUCAGAGACCACAGGAGGUGGUGCUGGCCGGCUCAGAGUCCACUGUGCUGCUGGAAGGCCUCUCCUCUCAGACCCUGUACCACGUCUCCAUCUUCCCUGUGUAUGAGGACAAUGUUGGCCUGGCUCUCAGAGGAACUGUCACCACAUUGGCCCUCGCCAUGCCCGCCAACCUGGAGGUGACGCCUGUCUCCUUCAGCGCGCUGCGAGUGAGCUGGGGUGCAGCGCCCGGAGCGACGCAGUACAUGAUCCUGUACUCAGCUCUGAGCCACGGAGAGCCUGACGACGCCAAGGAGGAGAAAUUCAGCGCAGAGCAGACGGUGGUGGAGCUGGCGGGGUUACUGCCGGAGACAGACUACUCUGUCACGCUGUACGCUCUCUACGAUGAGGAUCCCAGCGACCCUGUCACUGCCGUCGCUGCCACAUUCCCUCUCCCGCCGCCGCUGAGCGUUCAGUUCCCGAUGGUCACCCACAGCGGGCUGAGGGUGACCUGGGUUCCCGGAGCCGUGGACGUCCCCGGCCACAGAAUCACCUACAGCACCAACCACGGCAGCGACGUCAAGCAGGUGGAGGUAACAGGGCUGAUCUCGGUGCUGGUGCAGAACCUGUCCUCUUUGUCAAGAUACCGGGUUUCAGUCCAGUCUCACUACCCACAAGGCCUUUCUGCAGCGCUCACCAGUAACGUCACCACACUGAAGGUGCCCUCGCCAUCAGACCUCAGGGUGUCUAAUUUCUCAGGCAGUGACAUCACUGUGCGCUGGGAGGCUGCAGCUGAUGAUGUUGUGUCCUACCUCAUCAAGUGGAUCUCCCUCAGUGGAGGAGACCUGAGACAGUUGAGGGUGAGCGGUGAGAGCGAAGGGGCGAUCCUGGAGGGGGUGGAGGACGAUAAGGAAUACCAGAUCUCUCUGUCUGCACUUUAUGGAGAUGGAGCUCAGAGUGAAGCUGUGGCCAUACGCUAUAGUACCUUGUCUGGUGGAGGCCCAGCCAGUGUGUCGGUCUCCGAGGAGACUGCAGUCAGCUUCGUGGUCAGCUGGGUGCCUCCCAACGCUCACGUCCUCCGGUACCGCGUGUCUUACACUGCGCUGACUGGAGCUGAAACCCAGGACGACACUGUGUUGGUCCCAGGUGUUGAAAAGCGGGUGGUGCUAGAGUCUUUACAGCCAGACACACGUUACAGCAUCCUGGUCACCGCUGAGUACCGCAACAGAGAAGGAGGCAGCGGUUCAGCUCAGGGCAAAACCACCAGUCUGCGGGUGAGCAGUGUGAGUGUGGUCAGGUCAGACCACUCCAGCAUUUGUGUGUCUUGGAGACCGGUGUCUGCCGUGGAUGGGUAUCGUAUUGUCAUCCAGUCUGUUAAAGACAAGGACACAAAGGAGGAAACGGUCGAUGAGUCCAGCAGCAGUCACUGCUUCACUGACCUGGAACCAGAGACUCUGUAUCGCAUAAGUGUGCACUCGCUCCUCGGCUCAGCAGAAGGCGCCGCUGUGUCCAUCCUGCAUCCAACAGCCAAAGCUCCAGCCAGGAUUCCCAUCCAUCCCUGGAUGUAUCCCAUCCACAACGAAGUGUGCCCUGAAGUCACCAUCAGAAACAGCAUCGUUAAAGGGUUUGACAUGAUGGAAGCGUUCGGUCUGACUCAGAGAGCUCACUCGUCCGUUGAAGGCGUGGCAGCCGAGCCUUUCGUCUUCAACACCGUCCCCACCUUCACCCUGUACAGAGACGUCCAGCUGACACAGAGCACCAAGUUUAUCCACCCUGCAGGCUUCUCUCCAGAGCACACCAUCAGCAUCGCCUUCCGCGUGUUGCAGGAUACACCCAGGGAGCCCUUCGCCCUCUGGCAGCUCACUGACGAUGACUUCCAGCCCAAGAUGGGAGUGGUGCUCGACGCUGCUACGAAGCAUCUGGUGUACUUCAGUCUAGACUACAGGGGAGAGGUGCAGGAACUGACCUUUGACCAGCCGCAGGUCCACAGACUCUUCUAUGGCAGUUUUCACAAGAUUCACCUGUCAGUCAGCCAGGUGAGUGUGUCCCUGUCUGUGGACUGCCAGCGUGUGGGUGAGAGACCAGCCCGCCCUCUGGGAAACCUCCCCACUGACGGCUUUGAGAUGCUGGGAAAACUGGUGAAGACCCGAGGACCCAGUAGCGGAUCUGCCCCGUUCCAGCUGCAGUCCUUUGAGAUCGUCUGUAACACCACGUGGGCCUCAGAGGACACCUGCUGUGACCUGCCUGGACUGAGAGAUGAGGAGAGCUGUCCUGCCCCGGCGUACACCUGUAGCUGUUCCUCUGACAUCCCUGGAGCUCCUGGUUCCCCCGGACCAAUUGGAAAACCAGGUCCUCGUGGUGGGAAAGGCGAUAAGGGAGAGCAAGGCCAAAAGGGGGAAGUGGGUCCUCCAGGAAAAUCUGGAUUUGAGGGAGGCCUUGGACUCCUCGGCAGCGCAGGGCCCCGAGGAAUGACUGUCCAGGGCAAAGCGGGUCCACCGGGUGCAGCGGGGUCAAAAGGCGAUCCUGGUCGACCUGGACUCCAGGGUUUACCAGGACCUCCAGGUCCGAAAGGGGAAGUGGGGAUCGCAGGGCCCCAGGGCAUCAGAGGGGUCGAGGGAAACAUUGGUGCACCUGGUAUCACUGGACCCAGGGGUUUCCAAGGAAUGCCGGGACACCCAGGGCCUUUAGGGGAAAGGGGCCACUCAGGACCUGUGGGACCUUCGGGUCUGCCAGGUAAUAAAGGGGAACGAGGAGAGAAGGGGGAACCUCAGUCUAUGGCCAUGAUCUACCAACUGGUCACACAAGCCUGUGAGCAACUAGUGCACAAGGAGGUGUUGAAGCUUGACAUGUUCAUUAACGAGGUCAGUCGUAAGCCAGCUCCUAUUGAGGAGCCAGUGGGGCCCCCGGGGGAACCUGGUAUACCAGGACCCAAGGGCCCACCAGGUGGCAGGGGUGCCAUGGGAAAUGUUGGCCCAAGGGGGAGACCUGGCAGGGCUGGAUAUCCAGGAGAGCAGGGGCAGAGAGGGAUGCCAGGGAAUAAAGGCGAGGCAGGGACCAAAGUCCAGGGGCCCACAGGGGUCAAAGGAUUUGC